AUGCCGGAGUUUGUCAGUCCUGGGGUGGGUGUCUUCAGCAUCUGGGAUUAUGUGGUGUUUGCAGCCCUGUUCGUGGUCUCCUCUGGGAUUGGGAUCUUCUUUGCAGUAAAGGAGAGGAAGAAGUCCUCCUCCAGUGAGUUCCUGGUAGGAGGGAAGCAGAUGAGCUGCGUGCCAGUGGCCCUGUCCCUCACCGCCAGCUUCAUGUCAGCAGUGACUGUGCUGGGGGCCCCCUCUGAGGUGUACCGUUUCGGGGGGGCCUUCAUCCUCUUUGGGUUUUCCUAUUCCAUGGUUGUCCUUUUCACAGCUGAGCUCUUCGUUCCUGUUUUCUACAGAUCUGGGAUUACCAGCACCUAUGAGUACUUGGAGCUGCGGUUCAAUAAAACCGUUCGCAUUGCUGCUACCUUAAUCUACAUCAUGCAAACGAUUGUCUAUACAGGAGUUGUGGUGUAUGCUCCCGCUCUCGCUCUCAAUCAAGUGACUGGCUUCAAUUUGUGGGGCUCUGUAUUUGCGACUGGCAUUGUCUGCACCUUUUACUGUACACUGGGUGGGCUGAAAGCAGUGGUGUGGACAGAUGCCUUUCAGAUGGUUGUGAUGGUGCUGGGGUUCCUGACGGUCAUGGUUCAAGGAACCAUUGUUAAUGGAGGGGUGACCAGUGCAUGGGAGAAAGCGAAGGCAGGGUCCAGACUGGGGGUCUUUGAUUUUGAUCCAGAUCCUUUAAGACGGCACACCUUUUGGACAAUAGCUGUUGGGGGAACCUUCACUUGGCUGGGAAUCUAUGGGGUCAACCAGUCCACCAUCCAACGGUGCAUUUCAUGCAAAUCAGAGAAGCAUGCUAAACUGGCGCUCUAUCUCAAUCUGAUUGGACUGUGGGUGAUCCUGGUCUGUGCAGUGUUUUCAGGGCUCUUGAUGUUUGCCUACUACAAAAACUGUGAUCCCUGGAGUGCCGGGUUCGUGUCGGCUCCUGAUCAGCUCAUGCCCUACUUUGUCAUGGACAUACUUGGUAGCCUCCCUGGACUUCCAGGGCUGUUUGUUGCCUGUGCUUUUAGUGGCACAUUAAGCACUGUAGCAGCCAGCAUCAAUGCACUGGCAACCGUGACCUAUGAAGAUUUAGUGAAGAAUUGCUUUAAGAAUCUCUCAAGCAGACUGGGCACAUGGAUCAGCAAGGGACUGUGUAUAGUGUUUGGAGUAGCCUGCACCUCGAUGGCAGUAGCUGCAUCACAGAUGGGUGGAGUUGUGCAGGCUGCAUUGAGUAUUCACGGGAUGUGUGGGGGCCCUAUGCUGGGACUGUUCUCCCUGGGCAUCUUGUUUCCAUGGACAAAUUGGAAGGGGGCUGCUGGGGGCCUGGCAAUGGGAAUUGCUAUGUCUUUCUGGGUGGGUAUUGGAGGAUUCGUUUACCCUGCUGGUCCUGACAAAGCUCUUCCCUUGCCGCUCAGCACCAACAGCUGCCUCCCACUGAACAUGACAGAAAUCAUAAGCACACUGGCACCCACGCCAGCCCCAGACAGACCGGCACUGGCAGAUAACUGGUACAGCAUGUCUUACCUUUACUACAGUGCUGUGGGCUGGAUUGUAACUGUGAUCGCUGGUUUGCUGAUAACCACAGUAACAGGUCCUAACCGUGGUGAAGACGUGAACCCAGUCCUGAUACGGCCGGUCUGCAACCUGAUCUGUUUCUGGUCUGAGAAAUACAAAGAGAUGUGCUGGUGUGGGGUUCCGCAUGAUGCAGACUGCAUGGAAUUUCACGAUAACGGCACCUUUUCGAUGAAACCAGAAACAUCUACGAAUAAAGAGCCACAGAACGGUUUAAACAAAGACCCUGAGAACACCAUGCCUGGUUACAACCCAGAAGAGAAGUCCUACAGCAACCCAGGGCUGUCGAAGGACACGCAUUUGUAAUCAUCCAACAGUCUACUGAUGGCAGUUGACUUUAAAGCAAAUCUGUUUCGUCAGUGUUAGAAAAAUGUUUACUUGGAACAAGUUAAAAGGAAUGAGGAUACUGCAAUGUUUAGCAAGAGAUUGCAAACCUUAUACUACUGCUUGUUGUUAUUGAAAUGCAAGCAGUCGAUAUAGUAUUCAGGUUAAGUGUGUUGAUAGCAUUGUAACUCACUUUGACUCACCUAUUGUAAACACUAUAAAGGUGGCUUAGUUUGGUCUGUGCUCUGCACUAUUGACUUCCUGUGGUUUGGGCUCAUUUCAAACCCAGCUAUUAAAAACGCAAAUCAACAAUAUAUAUGACUUUUUUUUUUGUAAAGACACUGAAAGAAUGUAAGAAAAAUAAGGUACAUGUGUUACACUUUCUAUGGUGCAGCAUGCCUAAGGGUUUGAUUUUUUAGUAUUUACAGUUCUUUCUAGUGCUAAACAGGCCUGGCAGUCCCUGAAUGAUUUCAUUUGUUAAGCAAUC